AUGCGGAUCCCCAGGGGGGAUGCCACCAUCACACCUGUCACAAAGGGAAGCCAUAAACUCAGCCAAGCCAACAAGGCCAUGGAGCAGGGGUCCGACACCCUGGGAGAGCUUAUGUCGUGACCCGCUCUGAGGAAUAGGAACCCGGUGAGGGAUACAUUUCCCAGUACCUCUGGGAAAAAAACGGGAAGACCUGUGUGGGAAAAACAGGCAGACAGAAAAAACAGCAACCAGGUAAUGGAUUUGAUUUAUUUGUGUUUUUGUUUUACGCCAACUGCAAUAUUAACUAGCUGGUUUAAUAUCCAAGCAGCAAAAACAGCACCAUAUGAUGGAGUAACUCCGUUAAGGAACUCCAAAGUUAAUGUCUCACGUAGUGGAAAGCCCACCAUGAUACUCUUACACUCUGCAAGGGAAAAAACAAGAAAAACCCUGCAGGGUAAUUAGCAGAGAACUCGUGCAGUAGGCGCGGGUAGCAGCAUGUUAAAGCAAUUCACAACACACACAUAGAACAAGCCAGUCGGCAAGUUGUGUAAGGUCAAUUACAGUUUGUGCAGCAAGAGCCACCAUACUAAUGGAUGCACACAGAGUCGUAGUGUAACGCUAACGAAACACAAGUACGACAAACCAUGGGCGGAAGAUACAGAUCAACCGCGCGCAGCGAGUGGAGCACUCAAGAGGAGGGGCUGGACAUGUGGCCAGCUGCUCCAGGCUGCAAACAGCCAGUGAAUAUACUUCCACAGAAGAUAUUACACUUAACAGUGACUUACCAAGCGAACUUCAGAAAAUGUGUACCUCGAACCAUAUGGACGUCCGCCGAGAAAAUGAAAGAGAACGUGUGUCACGGUCAUGGGGUCUAUAUAUAGGGGCGGACCCCAGCCAGACACAGGUGUACACGGGAGUAAAUCUGUAAAUCCUCACCUCGGAUGUAUCCCUCCGCGCGGAGUGAUACCAAUAUAUUGGAGUGAUCCAAUAUAGUUAAACAUAUCGCUACCUGCCGCAAUGCAUAGUGCCAAAUGUAAAGUUUGGUGGAGGAAGAAUAAUGGUCUGAGGCUAUUUUUCAUGGUUCGGGCUAGGCCCCUUAGUUCCAGUGAAGGGAAAUCUUAACGCUACAGCAUACAAUGACAUUCUAGACAAUUCUGUGCUUCCAACUUUGUGACAACAGUUUGGGGAAGGCCCUUUCCUGUUUAAGCAUGACAAUGCCCCAAUGCACAAAGGUCCAUACAGAAAUGGUUUGUUUAGAUCAGUGUGGAAGAACUUGACUGGCCUGCACAGAGCCCUGACCUCAACCCCAUCGAACUCCUUUGGGAUGAAUUGGAAUGCUGACUGCGAGCCACGCCUAAUCGGCCAACAUCAGUGGCCGACCUCACUAAUGCUCUUGUGGCUGAAUGGAAGAAAGUCCCCGCAGCAAUGUUCCAACAUGCUGCCAGCUCUUAGCAAACUGUUGGAAAAAAUUGUGUUUGUCCAAAUACAAUGCUAUUUCUCUGUAAACAAAUUAACAACAGACUUUCAACAUGCUUAUAGGGAAGGGCACUCAACAUGUACUGCAUUACACAAAUUACUGAUGAAGACUGAAGAAAUUGAUAAUAAAAAGAUUGUGGGAGCUGUACUGUUAGAUUUCAGUGCAGCCUUUGAUAUUAUUGACCAUAACCUGUUGUUGAAAAAACAUAUGUGUUAUGGCUUUUCAACCUCUGCCAUAUCGUGGAUUCAGAGCUAUCUAUCUAAUAGAACUCAGAGUUUUCUUUUAAUGGAAGCUUCUCUAAUGUCAAACAUGUAAAGUGUGGUGUACCACAGGGCAACUCUCUAGGCCCUCUACUCUUUUCUAUUUUUACCAAUGACCUGCCACUGGCAUUAAACAAAGCAUGUGUGUCCAUGUAUGCUGAUGAUUCAACCAUAUACGCAUCAGCAACCACAGCUAAUGAAGUCACUGAAACCCUUAACAAAGAAUGGCAGUCUGUUUUGGAAUGGGUGGCGACUAAUAAACUGGUCCUGAACAUCUCUAAAACUAAGAGCAUUGUAUUUGGUACAAAUUAUUCCCUAAGUUCUAGACCUCAGUUGAAUCUGGUAAUGAAUGGUGUGGCUGUUGAACAAGUUGAGAAGACUAAAUUCUGCAGGCUCUAGUUUUGUCUAAUCUUGAUUAUUGUCCAGUGUUGUGGUCCAGUGCUGCAAGGAAAUACCUAGUUAAGCUGCAGCUGGUCCAAAACAGAGCAGCACGUCUUGCUCUUCAUUGUAAUCAGAAGGCUGAUAUAAAGACUAUGCAUGCAUGUCUCUCUUGGCUAAGAGUUGAGGAGAGACUGACUGCAUCACUUUUUAUUUUUAUAAGAAACAUCAAUGUGUUGAAAAUCCCAAAUUGUUUGCAUAGUCAACUUACACACAGCUCUGACACACACACUUACCCCACCAGACAUGCCACCAGGGGUCUUUUCACAGUCCCCAAAUCCAGAACAAAUUCAAUAAAGCGUACAGUAUUAUAUAGAGCCAUUAAUGCGUGGAACUCGGUUCCAUCUCAUAUUGCUCAAAUAAACAGCAAACCUGGUUUAAAAAAACAGAUAAAGCAACACCUCACGGCACAAUGCCUCUCCCCUAUUUGACCUAGAUAGUUGGUGUGUAUGUAUUGAAAUGUAGGCUACGUGUGCCUUUUAAAAAAAGGUAUGUAGUUCUGUCCUUGAGCUGUUCUUGUCUAUUAAUGUUCUGUAUUAUGUCAUGUUUCAUGUUUUGUGUGGACCCCAGGAAGAGUAGCUGCUGCUUUUGCAACAGCUAAUGGGGAUCCUAAUAAAAUACCAAAUACCAAAUCUAGUGGCAAGCCUUCCCAGAAGAGUGGAGGCUGUUAUAGCAGCAAAGGGUGGGCCAACUCCAUAUUAAUGGCCAUGAUUUUGUAAUGAGAGUGUAUGUACAUAUAGGUAGGGGUUGAGUGACUAGGCAACAGGAUAGAUAAUAGGCAGUAGCAGCAGCAUAUGUGAUGAGUCAAAAGAGUUAGUGCAAAGGGGGGUCAAUGCAGAUAAUCCGGGUAGCUAUUUGGUUAACUAUUUAACAGUGUUAUGGCAUGGGGCUUGAAGCUGUUCACGGACAUGUUGGUUCCAGACUUGGUGCAUCGGUACUGCUUGCCGUGCGGUAGCAGAGAGAACAGUCUAUGACUUGGGUGGCUGGAGUCUUUCACAAUUUUUAGGGCCUUCCUCUGACACCACCUGGUAUAGAGUUCCUGGAUGGCAGGGAGCUCGGCCCCAGUGAUGUACUUGGCCGUACGGACUACCCUCUGUAGCGCCUUGCGGUCAGAUGCCAAGCAGUUGCCAUACCAAGUGCUGAUGCAGCCAGCCAAAGCCAAUGGUGACAGCUAGUCUUCCUGGGGUCCGACACAUAACGAGAAAAACAUGAAACUAAAAUACUCAACAAUUUACAUAUUUAAAAAAUCAUUGACAUAGACAUUACAACUAUGUCAGAUAGGGGAGAGGCAUUGUGUUGUGAGGUGUUGUUUUAUUUGUUUUUUAAUGCUAAUUUUGCUGUUUGCUGGAGUAAUUUCAGAUGGAGUUGAUUUCCAUGUGAUCAUGGCUCUAUAUAAUACUGUGCGUUGCCUUGGAUUUGGGGACUGUGAAGAGGCUCCUAGUGGCAUGUCUGGUGGGUUAAGUAUGUAUUUCAGAGCUAUAUGUAAAUUGAUUAUGCAGACAAUUUGGAAAUGUCAAUACAAUAAUAUUUCUCACAAGAAUUGAUUAGUUCUGUAUGUGCAGUUAAGGGCAAAGCGUGCUGCUCUGUUUUGAGCCAGCUGCAGCAUUUCUAGGUCUUUCUUUGCUGCACUUGACCAUCUUACCGGACAGUAAUCAAGAUGGGACAAGAGCCUGAACAACUAGUACAGUUGAUUUUUGUGUCAAAAACGCAGAACAUCUUUUUUUAUAACAGACAUUCCCCUUCCCAUCUUCACAACUUCUUUGUCAAUAUGACUUGACCAUGAUAAUUGACCAUCCAAUGUUAUACCUAGGCGUUUAGCUUCCUCAUCUUGCUCAAUGGUCAACCCAUUUCUACACAACUCCAGUUGAGGUUUAGGUCUUAGAGAAUGUUUUGAACCAAAUACAAUGCUUUUAGUUUUAGAUGUAUUUAAGAGCAGUUUAUUAUUAAUCACCCAUUCUGACACUGACUGUAACUCCUUAUUUAGAAUUUCAGAGAGCUCACUGGCUUUGGGUGCUGACAUGUAGAGUGUGGAAUCAUCUGCAUACAUAGUCAUUCUACACUGAACAAAAAUAUAAACGCAACAUGCAAGAAUUUCAAAGAAUUUAGCCUUUGGUCUUUGUUAUGGUAGCAACGUAGGCUAACGCUGGUACUCAGCGCAAUUCCAGCCAGCACAGCUCACAGACUGUCAAGGAAACCUGGCUAGUUUUAUAGCUAGCAGCUAGGCUAACUGAUCGCCAAGCAGCAGCUUUUCAGAUUUUAGGGUUUGGCAUUAUCCCGGGACAGAUAGUAGUGGUCCCAUCAACUGAGCAUAACCACGUUGCGGGAUCUAAAUUAAACAGGUAGGCUAGUAAAAAAAUGUCAUGAAACUUUCAAAAACAACAAACCGAGCUCUCUAGUUCCGUGUUCAGCAUGCUUUGUGCUCUGAUGACGUUGUACAUAUGCUUAGUGAUGUGGACACGAGGACUUGAAGCUCUCGACCCACUCCACUACAGUUCUGUCGAUGUGGAUGGGGUUGUGCUCGGACCUCCGUUUCCUGUAGUCCACGAUCAGCUCCUUUGUCUUGCUGACGUUGUGGGAAAGGUUGAUGUCCUGGCACCACACUGCCAGGUCACUGACCUCCUCCCUAAAGGCUGUCUCAUCGUCAUUGGUGAUCAGGCCUACCACCGUCGUGUUGUCAGCAAACUUAAUGAUGGAGCUGGGUGAACAGGGAGUACAGGAGGGGACUAAGCACGCACCCCUGAGGGGCCCCGUGUUGAGGGUCAGCGUGGCGGAUGUGUUGUUGCCUACCCUUACCACCUGGGGGCGGCCCGUCAGGAAAUCCAGGAUCCAGUUGGAGGGAGGUGUUCAGUCCCAGAGUCCGGGGCUUAGUGAUGAGCUUGGUCGCACAGCAAAAUAUUUAGUUGCAUAUGCAACCAAAUUGGCCGUAGUUUAGAGCCCUGUAGCUUUCUAACUUGUGAGCAUUUCCUCUGUGGGUUUUGGUGUGCAUGCUUAUUUUUCUGUGUACUUUUGUAGAGGGUUAGCAGCCCAUCAUCUCAUUCUCCAGCCUAGUUAACGAGGUUAACAUGCGACCAGAAUGUAUUUUACCACCUACCAACACCCCUACUAGUCCCGACUAAAAACAACUUCACUGUCUCUCAUCUCACCAUCUUUGUUCAGAGGUCAACUUUACGGUCUUCAACUGAGGGUUAUCUCCAGAGUUAUCUGAGCCAACAUGUCUCCACUUGACCCCAGUCUAUAUCUUUACCAUGGCACUCCUUGACUAUGUUCAUUACCUCUCACACACACACACACACACACACACACACACAUCAUGGAAGGCUAGUGAAUUACUGACACAACAACAGGCUAUUUAUAGCCCUCAAUGUGACAUGGCAUGGGGCUAUCACAACCUGCCAAGAGAGAGAGAGAGCGAGAGAGCACAUUCAGAGCAACCACAUGCCUGCCUACUUUUCAGGAGUCUGUUAUGGCGAGUUUCACAUUGUCAGGAAACUUGGACUUGGAUAUUGAAUCUAAUCCCCAUGCUUAUGUUUGGUUGACCACAGCUGUUUCAUUUCCUAGAAUUCCUAGAAAUACCCCUCGGAAAAUUAUAUUAUCCUGCUGAAAUGUCUUACUGAAAUAGAGAGUCUGGAAAUGGGUGGCUAAUCUGAAUAGGCUCUCUAGCUCGGAGUAGUGUGGUGUGUUUGACUGAGGACUCUGCAUCUAUGUGUCAGAUAUAGUGAGUCAUUUGCUGUUCCGGAAGUGACUGUACCUAUUUUAGUAUUAAGGUCUUUGCUGAAGUUGCUUGCGUGCAUGUAUGAAUGAGAGAGAGCGAGAGGUCUGACACACCCCUUCUGUCUUUUGUGUGUGCGCAUGUGUGUUUACUAAGCACCCACGGCAGAGUACUGUAGGCUGGUGUGGGCUCUGUCUUGGUCUGCUCUGUCAGAACAGGAAUAUGAAUGUCAUCUCCCCAGAUCUACACACUGGUUAUUAUGUAGAGGGGGUGUUUUUAAUCAGGUAGCAUAUUAAAGUUAAUACACUCUUCUAUCCAAACACACACAGCCAGGCCUUCGCAGCCUGAUAAUGAUUAAACUGCUCCUGACACAGGAAGACAUGAUGAUUACAGCCUGAUGCAAUACACUAAGGAGGUAGGGAGGCAGGGAGGGACACUCACAGGCAAUUAGAUGAAAUGUUAAUAUGGAUUUAGGAAGACGUUUCAGGUGCUUCAUUACAUUACUUCUAUUGGUCAUGGUUGACGUUAUGAAAUGGAUGGACGUGCUUGACUUUUCAUCACGAAACAAAAUGACUCAUCCCAAUGCACAGAGCCAUACAGUAGGCGGAUGUGUCGUGUGUGUGUGUGCUGAUUGAGACUCGCUGACUAGGGAGCUGUGUUCAUGUUUCUGAGGCAGUAAUAAGGGUAGAGGGUUCCACACAGGUCCUGUAGAAGCAUCAGGUCUGCUACAAAAUGACCUUUAAUGGAGGGGGGGGGUUCUCAUCUUCCACUGUCAUUUAAACAGGGGAAACCAGAAGCGGUCUGAAAAUGUCUCUUAGGUUUCCCCUUACCUCACCUUGCCAACGUGUGUUUACAUUAGUACUUUGCCUCUUCCUUCCUCUCCUCUCUUCUGCGGGUUAGUCAUGCAGGGAGGGGGAGGGGUGACACCCUGACGUACAGCAGACCCCAGGUGCCUGUCUGCCACUUCCCACUUCUCGGAUGCGUUGGUUGGCAUAGUAACAGGUAACCAGAGCCCUCUGGGAGUGUGUUUUGCGCCAGGUCACAUGGUUAAACGGGGAAUGAUUGCUCACAGGUGGCCAGGCCAGGGGUUCCAUAGCAUACACAGACUAAACCAACUAAAGUCUAUACACACAAUAAUACUGGAGCACAGGGAUUUACCCUUUAUAUAUGUUGCCCACUCCAUUCUUGUUAUAAAAUGUAGCAGAAACUGAUCCCCAGUUUCCCAUCCAUUCCUCUCCUCAUAGGUUACUCUGCUCCAUCCCCAUCACUCCUCUGAAUGACUAGAGGUGUCCAGAGCCCCAGUGGCUGGUGUUCUGUCUCUCUCUCACUAUCAAUCAGGGCAUGCCUUUGUACCCGGAGAGAGAGAGAGAGCCUUGUUAUUGUCACCACAGCAGCACCGCAGAGAGAGAGUCAACAACCACCGAGCGAGCAUGGGCCACAGAGGAAAGAGUGUAGUUUGCAUUUCAGCGGAGAAAUCAAGCAUGCAGAUGAUUUGCAUGAGGCUAAUUAUACAGUAUUAGAGACAGGACAAAAUAAUCUCUUCCCUGCCUUGUCACUGAUACAAUUAAGGGACUCGUUCUUCUUCUGGGCUUUGUUGGGUUGUUUCCAGACAAUUUGGCAAAUUGCAAUUGGCAAUG